AUGGUUCCAGACGAAGUCGAUUUGAUUGCGAAUGCAAUCCGAGACUUUGCACUGGCAGGAUGCGCUCUGGUCUGCUCAACUGGAGGAACUGGACCAGCGAUACGCGAUGUGACGCCAGAGGCGAUGAUGAAAGUGUGCGACAAGGUUUACGAUGGCUUUGGCGAGCUGAUGAGGAGGAGAAGCCUGGAGGAGGGAGUUCCUACAGCGAUCCUCUCAAGGCAGCUCGCAGCUUCCAUCGGCAAGACGCUCGUUCUCAACCUCCCCGGCAAGCCCAACGCCAUCCGCACCUGCCUCGACGCUGUCUUCCCCGCCAUUCCCUACUGCCUCGACCUCCUCGGCGGGCCCUCCCUCCAGGGCUCCGGCCGCGUGCAGGUGUUCCGGCCACAGGCCAAGUAG